AUGGCAAAGAUUCGCUGGGUUACGCUUAAAUCCCGAAAGAUACCUGUAUGGCUUCGAAUCCAGCUACGACUGGCUGCUUUUUUUGAUAAGAAUGGAGGAGAGACAUCGUCACCAAGGGUCAAUCGUCUUCCAUUCAACCAAAUCAUCAAAUUCGCCUGCUAUCCGGCAGAGCUUGAAGCCAUGCAAUUUAUUCAGAAACACACCACCAUCCCAGUCCCUCGCGUUACCAAAGUGUAUACAUGCGGAAAGAAGCAGUACCUGGUCAUGGAUGCGGUCGAUGGCCAGACGUUAGACUCUGCCUGGCCAGACCUGACCGAGGAUCAGAGACUAAAUAUUGUCCAGGAGUUCACAGCAAUUGUACAGCAGCUGCGAGAUCUCGUUCCGCCCGAAGAAGGGGCAGUUGGUUCGACAAGUCUGGGGCCUGGCUAUGAUCAUCGACUCGGAGACCGUCACUUUGGCCCCUUUAACAACAUUGCAGACUUCCACUUUCAUGUUCGUCGCGGUGUUCCGCUGGAGUUCUGGGGCGAGUCUGUUAAACAGGUCCAUGACAUUUCCAGGUCAUACGCCAUCAAGUAUAGCCAUGCAGACAUAUGUCCUAACAAUGUACUGGUCAAGGAUGGAAAAAUUGUUGCGAUAGUUGACUGGGAAUUCGCAGGGUGGUACCCCGAGUACUGGGAGUAUACCAAGAUCCAUUACGGGUGGCGGCCGUAUCGCAAAGAGUUUUAUGAUGCCUUCGAGCAGACAAUGACUACGUACCCAGAGGAGCUCAAAGCAGAGUCGGCUAUUUGGUGUCGUUAUAGUACCUUUCAUUAUGACGACCCUAUCACUGAGCACUUUUCGAGACGGGAUGAGACAGACUCGAAGAAGGACUUAGCUGAGAAAUCAAAAGAAACGCCAGAACAUCAGAGUGACACCGUCCACAACCAGGGAAGAGUAUGA